GUUCUCUUCUGGUUUACAGGUUUCUUUGAUUUCAGUCGCUGGCGCAAGGCGUUCCGGGUGAUGUCCGCUGCAGUAAAGAAAAGCAAAAAGUAGAAAUCAUGCGAGGCCGCUUCAUCUCCGCAGAAUAAUAAAGGCGCGUAGGAAGGUUAGCAAAUUCGAUAGCCCAAUCAUGUCCUCCACAACAGCUACACGACCACCAGCGAGUGGGAAUAAAGAUGACGACCAGCCAGACGAGCCGGUUGGCAACCCGCUGGUGCGUUACUCCUCCGUUUACGCCGCGCUGUUCCUCCUCGGCGGUGCGAUUGGGUACACGGUGCAAAACUCCUACAUCUCCCUCCUCGCCGGCGCUUUGACCGCGGGACUCAUUGAGGGGACGAGUUACUUCUUUUUUCGCACCGCCGUGGUGAACACGAACAAUAUGAGGAACGGAUCUGCGUUGUUAGCGGCGCUGUCGGUUAUCUUGGCCGGUUUUUUCCUAAAGCGGUACUGGAAAAACCCGAAAAAAAUCGUCCCGGCGAUUCCGAUGACGUUUAUUUGCGGAUUUAGCUGCUUAGUGUACUUGUAUUUCGUGUAUUUAUCUUCGGAAGCUUUUGUCACUGGGGUGAGUAGAUUUGAGGGGAAAAAAGGUUCGGAUGAUGAGGAACCUCCACAUGAAGGGAAGAAGAAAAAGUAGAAAAAUCGUACGCGUGUCGAACCCAACCCUGGACAAACAAGCUGCUUGUAGUUUCAAGCACCACUAAGAUGAACCAAGUCGUCUUGCAGGAGAUGAAGUGCAGCGCGGGAACAGGCCGCGCGGCGCGGCACCAGAACUUGAUGUAAGUACUUAUAUGUAGCAACAAAAUCAAAAACCUGCCGUGCAGAACGACUGGAAACAUGUGAACACAUGACGGCAUUUUUUUUCGAUCGAAACGAAAAACGUCCCAAUCAAG